AUCCGUAGCGUCGCUCUUGAAAGCAAGUCUAUUCUCUGUUCGAACACGGCUAAUUAAAGAGACUUCUUGUUGUUUUGAUCAAUUUCCCUGGCGAAAAGGGCGUGUGCCCUGUGUUUAUAGUUUACAUUACGUGUUAUAAACAAGAAAUAAACUAUAUAGAAAUAAUUUAUGAAUGAGCUAAUGAUACAAACGUCCAUUCUUCGCAGUUUGAAAUAGUGUGAUUCAACAUGAGUGAGUACAGGAGUGAAAAGCGUCUCGCCUAUCUAUUCCCUGUUAUCGGAGCGUUAUCGUUCAUCUGUUGCAUAUCAAGCGCCGUCGCAUGGCAUCAUUGGCGGUAUGUGCUAGACACUUGUGUUGAGACUAACUGCGGAUGCAUUCUAAAUGGUAUCUCAACACCUACUUUCUUCACUGGCGGCCACAUUGCUUACUGUCAUUGGGCUACCUAUGGGCUUGUUUUGCCCAUUAUAUUUUGCGUCAUAUUUGGAAUGUUCCACGUAUUUCGAGUAUGCUGCGGGAAACCACGAAAUAACACUUCUACUGCCACCGUUAGACAGAGAUCCGGCGAAGUCAUCUUGAUGACUACCAAAACUGAUGUAGCGGAUGAUGAUGGAAUCAGUCCUUACUACUGGAUUCCGCUGAGUAUCAUCGGAGGUUUCUUGGCACUUUUCACGCUGGUCCACGCUGCAAUGUAUCUGAACGGAUUCCUGAACAGUUGUAAGCAAUAUCGCAAUGAACUUAUCAAAUACAUACAAGCGGGAGGACCAUUGGUGGCUGCCAUUCAGGGAAGACUGUCCUGUGCUGCCGUGUUCGACUUCAUGGAUUACCUACAUCAAGAUGUUUCUUGGGAUAGACGUCGCGAGGGAAGAAUCAGUAGUGCUGCCGCCCUAAUCAUCGCACUAAUCUGUUCAUGGACCUGUGUCGCCCUUUGGAUUUGGAUCGUCGUUAUUGCUGCAAAUCGAGCCAGAGCUAGCCGACGUUUGAGGGUGUAAGACAUCUCGAACAAAAUUAUAUUACCUUUACAAUACAUUCCAGGUAUGAUGUUGCCAUUAUUCCACGUAACGUAAAGUUCAAAAUAAAUGUUAUGAAAGAACAGUUUUUAUUGUUUAUCGAACAGGAACUAAGUGUCUUACAUUUUAAUAUUUCUUAGAAUCUAAGCACAAAACAUUUAGUGUACGCGAAACAAUAUUGUGCAAAACAUAGUUUUUAACGUUUAUAUGAUAAGAAUCAAUAUAAUAAAUAAGUGCUGAAAAACAUAUCAGCAUUUUUUUUCCAAAAAAAAAAUGAUAGUAACGUUUGUUUUUUCUUGUCGGUAUAUUCUAAAACUACAGAUAGGGUCAUAAGUGCCAUCCCAGAAGAAGAAAAGGCUUGAUUUUCCUUCUUAGAAAAUUCGUUCAUUUUGGUUUAUGCAUCAGCAUCAGCGCUAUUCACAUAUAGCGAAAGAAUGUUCAUUUGACGUGCACUAAUGCACAUGCUUGCUUAAUAAUUAAGCCAUGUUAUUCGGCAUCGGAAUCGGAAUCACGUAUGUAAAUUGUAUACGCUUGAGAAAACUCCUCUUCGAGAUAUUUGUGAUAAAUGCAAACGCAUGAUCGAACACUCUUCAAGUUACAAGUACCAUCAAAAACGAUGUAAAUAAAACUAUGUUGGGAAGACGAAGUUUUUCUAGGAACGAAGAGUAUGCGGAUAAAAAAAAGAAUUGUUAUUUAAU